GUUGCGUAUCUAUAGUUUAGCUAAGUACAGCUCAGUGGUGGAUCCACGGAUCACGUAAACCGGGUUUAAAUGCCAGGUAAGUCAGGGUUACCUGAGUAGUAGUUCAGUUGCACGCUUGAAAAGUAAACCACGCUUACCUGAUCCAGACUUUCGUUUGCAAAAAAUUGAAGAAUGUCGAAACCCAGUAAAUCUCCUAAUUUUACUGCCCUGGAAAAAUCUGUUUUGUUAGAACUUAUUGAAUCUAGGAAGGAUAUCAUUGAAAAUAAACAAAAUGACGGGAAAAUGGUAUUAAAGAAGAACUCGGAAUGGGAGAAAAUAACGACUGAAUUCAAUGCAAGUCACGGUGUCAACCAAAGGACCUGUAUACAGCUGAAGUCCCUUUGGAAAAAUAUGAAGUCACGGACAAAAUCUGCAGUUGCAAAAGACCGAAGAGAGAGGACAAAAACUGGAGGAGGGCCACAAUCUGAAACAGGACUGGAUACCGUUUCAGCUGCAAUUUCAACCAUGCUUCCGCAGCAGAUUAACAGCUUAUCUAAUGAAUUCGACGACGACGCUAGUUUACAUGGAGAUGUAGAAAGAACGUCCAGUACUAAUGAAGCGGUGAGUAAAAAAUAAUAAAGAAUUCAAAAUAUAAAUUAAAUAUUACAUUUUAAUGUUAUUAAUUUAGAAGUAUAGACAGUACAUUAUCCUAUAUUUGAAUGUCAUAAAAAGUUCGCAAUAAGAGUUUAAAUGAAGAUAGAUUUAUUCACAUAGGCAAACUGUGUCACUGAAUCCAAUGAAGCCUCCUCGUCUAGUUCAUCAUCAUCAACAGCA